UGCCUGCAGGCCGCGGGCGUUGCGGCCCCCGGGUGCCCGCUGAGCUCCGAGGACCGGAGGGGGCUGGGCGGGCUUGCGUGGGGCGGGGGACGACGACCCCGCGGCAGGUGCCUGCCCCCAACGGUGACCCAGCUCCUGCUCCCCAGCACCGCCCUCUUUGACCAGGACCCAACCUCCAGGGGCUAAAAAUAUUGCCCGGAGGCUCCCGAGCGGAAUCAGUUGGCGCUAAGUAGGACGCAGGGUGAGGUGACGGAGAUCUUCAGCACCAGGGCCCGAAGAGCAGACUCCAGAACGCGGUCCCGCCCACGCGCGUUCGGCAGCUAGCGUCCUCCCUCCGCCGACAGGUACAUGUGGGGGUCAGUAUGAAGUUGAAAAAGCAGGUGACGGUGUGUGGCGCUGCCAUCUUCUGCGUCGCCGUCUUCUCGCUCUACCUGAUGCUGGACCGAGUACAACAUGAUCCUGCCAGACACCAGAGUGGUGGGAACUUCCCCAGGAGCCAAAUUUCUGUGCUGCAGAACCGGAUCGAACAGCUGGAGCAGCUGCUGGAGGAAAACCAUGAGAUCAUUAGCCACAUCAAGGACUCCGUGCUGGAGCUGACAGCCAAUGCUGAGGGCCCGCCAGCCCUACUGCCCUACCACACAGCCAAUGGCUCCUGGGCUGUGCUCCCAGAGCCCCGGCCCAGCUUCUUCUCUGUCUCCCCCAAGGACUGCCAGUUUGCUUUGGGGGGCAGGGGUCAGAAGCCAGAACUACAGAUGUUAACGGUGUCCGAAGACUUGCCGUUUGACAAUGUGGAGGGUGGCGUGUGGAGACAAGGCUUUGACAUCUCCUACAGCCCGAAUGACUGGGACGCCGAAGACCUGCAGGUGUUUGUGGUACCCCACUCACACAACGAUCCAGGCUGGAUCAAGACUUUUGACAAGUACUACAUGGAACAAACCCAGCACAUCCUCAAUAGCAUGGUUUCCAAGCUGCAGGAAGAUCCCCGGCGACGCUUUCUCUGGGCAGAAGUCUCGUUCUUCGCCAAGUGGUGGGACAAUAUCAGUGCCCAAAAAAAGGCAGCAGUUCGAAGGCUGGUGGGAAACGGGCAGCUGGAGAUUGCAACAGGCGGAUGGGUGAUGCCGGAUGAGGCCAACUCCCAUUACUUUGCCUUGAUUGACCAGCUCAUCGAGGGACACCAGUGGCUGGAGAGGAACCUGGGUGCAACCCCUCGCUCGGGCUGGGCAGUGGACCCCUUUGGGUACAGCUCCACCAUGCCUUACCUGCUGCGCCGUGCCAACCUGACCAGCAUGCUGAUUCAGAGGGUGCAUUAUGCCAUCAAGAAGCACUUUGCUGCCACCCACAGCCUGGAGUUCAUGUGGAGGCAGAUGUGGGAUCCAGAUGCCAGCACAGACAUCUUUUGCCACAUGAUGCCCUUCUACAGCUACGAUGUACCACACACCUGUGGCCCUGAUCCCAAGAUCUGCUGCCAGUUCGACUUCAAACGUCUGCCUGGCGGGCGCAUCAACUGCCCUUGGAAGGUGCCGCCCCGGGCCAUUACAGAGGCCAAUGUGGCAGACAGGGCAGCCCUGCUCCUGGACCAGUACCGGAAGAAGUCCCGGCUUUUCCGAAGCAACGUCCUCCUUGUGCCACUGGGUGAUGACUUCCGCUAUGACAAGCCCCAGGAGUGGGAUGCCCAGUUCUUCAACUACCAGCGGCUCUUUGACUUCCUCAACAGCAAGCCUGAGCUCCAUGUGCAGGCCCAGUUCGGGACCCUCUCUGAGUAUUUUGAUGCCCUCUAUAAGAGGACAGGAGUGGAGCCCGGUGCCCGGCCUCCAGGGUUUCCUGUGCUGAGUGGAGAUUUCUUCUCCUAUGCUGACCGGGAGGACCACUACUGGACAGGCUAUUACACUUCCCGGCCUUUCUACAAGAGCUUGGACCGAGUCCUAGAAGCCCACCUGCGUGGGGCAGAGGUCCUAUACAGCUUGGCUGUGGCUCAUGCCCGCCGCUCUGGACUGGCUGGCCAGUACCCGGUGUCUGAUUUUGCUCUUCUGACGGAAGCUCGGCGCACACUGGGGCUCUUCCAGCACCACGAUGCCAUCACCGGAACUGCCAAGGAGGCGGUGGUAGUAGACUAUGGAGUCAGACUGCUGCGGUCCCUGGUUAGCCUGAAGCAGGUCAUCAUCAAUGCUGCUCACUAUCUGGUGCUGGGAGAUAAGGAGGCCUACGAGUUUGACCCUGGGACACCCUUCCUCCAAAUGGACGAGAGCCGUUCAAGUCACGAUGCCCUGCCAGAGCGCACAGUGAUCCAGCUGGAUUCCUCACCCAGGUUUGUGGUGCUAUUUAACCCGCUGGAACAGGAGAGGCUCAGUGUGGUGUCCCUGCUGGUCAACUCCCCAAGGGUGCGAGUCCUUUCAGAGGCGGGUCAGCCCCUCUCUGUGCAGAUCAGUGCGCACUGGAGCUCGGCCACUAACCUGGUCCCUGAUGUCUACCAGGUGUCGGUACCCAUCCGCCUGCCAGCCCUGGGCCUGGGUGUGCUGCAGCUGCAGCCAGAUCUCGAUGGGCCUUACACGCUGCCGUCUUCCGUACGCAUCUACCUGAACGGUGCGAAGCUGUCCAUCGGCAGGCAAGCAGCCUUCCCUCUCCGUGUCAUGGACUCCAGCCCCAGUGACUUCGCCAUCAGCAAUCGCUACAUGCAGGUCUGGUUCUCCGGCCUUACUGGGCUCCUCAAGAGCAUCCGAAGGGUGGACGAGGAGCAGGAGCAGCAAAUGGACAUGAAGUUCCUCAUCUACGGCACCCGCACAUCCAAAGACAAGAGUGGUGCCUACCUCUUCCUGCCGGAUAGCGAGGCUAAGCCCUACGUCCCCAAGAAGCCUCCCGUGCUGCGUGUCACCGAAGGCCCGUUCUUCUCGGAGGUGGCUGCGUAUUAUGAGCACUUUCACCAAGUGAUCCGACUUUAUAACCUGCCAGGGGUAGAGGGGCUGUCUCUGGACAUGGCGUUUCUGGUAGACAUCAGAGACUAUGUGAACAAGGAGCUGGCCCUGCGCAUCCACACGGACAUUGAUAGCAAGGGGACUUUCUUCACAGACCUCAAUGGCUUUCAGGUACAGCUCCGGAGGUAUCUAAAGAAGUUGCCCCUGCAGGCUAACUUUUACCCGAUGCCAGUCAUGGCCUAUAUCCAAGAUGCACAGAGGCGCCUCACACUGCACACCGCACAGGCCCUGGGUGUCUCCAGCCUCGGUGACGGCCAGCUGGAGGUGAUCUUGGACCGGCGACUAAUGCAGGAUGACAACCGGGGUCUAGGCCAAGGGCUCAAAGACAACAAGAUCACCUGCAACCACUUCCGCCUCCUGUUAGAACGGCGAACCAUGAGCCAUGAGGUCCAAGAUGAACGCCCUACCAGCUACCCGUCCCUCCUCAGCCACCUGACCUCCAUGUACCUCAACAUGCCUCCGCUCGCCUUGCCUGUGGCCAAGAGGCAGGCCGCCAGCCCUGCUCUGCGCUCUUUUCACCCCCUGGCCUCCCCACUGCCCUGUGACUUCCACCUGCUCAAUCUGCGCACGCUCCCAGCUGAGGACACCCUGCCCUCGGCUGAUGCCGCCCUCCUCUUGCACCGCAAGGGUUUUGACUGUGGCCUUGAGGCCAAGAACCUGGGCUUCAACUGUACCACAAGCCAAGGCAAGCUGGCCCUGGGGAGCCUCUUCCAUGGCCUGGAUGUGGUGUUUCUACAGCCAACCUCUUUGACCUUGCUGUACCCUCUGGCCUCACCCUCCAACAGCACUGACAUCUUUCUGGAGCCCAUGGAGAUUGGCACCUUCCGCCUCCGCUUGGGUUAGGUUAGGGCUUCAUGUGACCUGAAGAGAAAGUGCGUCCACAGAGACUGCCUCUUAGCACCAGGAUCGGUUGGGCAGGUCACACUAGUACCACAUUCCGUUCUGCCUCCCAGAACUGAUGGACUGGGCUCUGCCCUUACUUUGUGUAUUGUUGCUUCUGUGUUUGGGACAACCUACACAUCGGUGGUGGGCAGAUGCCGGUGAGACGAGGGAGAGGAACUUCUUUGGGUUGUGAGUAGGUACCCAGCGGGGCACAGGCUCAGGCUCCCAUUCUUUUCCCAAAAUGGGAUAUAGGAAGAGUCGGAACAAACAGAAGAGGUCAAGGAAGCUGAGGGGAACAGCCCAGUGCCAGGUGACUGCACUUAGGAGCUAGCUCUGGGGGAGGUCCUAUGGUGACAUAGACCCCGCAUGUCCUUCUGCAAGCACAGGAGCGGAAAGAUUCUGGGAGAAGGGCAUAGGGUCCCAUUGUUAGUGAAGCAGAGGAGUGGAAGGGACCCCAGCUCUCCCGAGAGCCUAGAGACUUUGCUGCCUCUGCUCUGAGUGCCACUGAGCCUGUGGGCCCAGCCAGUGACCGCUGGGUGGCAGGAAGGACUUGCUUGAGACUCUAAAUCAAGGCCAGAGGCCAUAGAACACUUCAGGUGCCCAUGCCUGUCCCGCGCUGGUCCUCUGGUGAUGUGCUGCUUUGUGGCAGGGGUGAGAAGUGUCUCCCAUCCUCCCUGCUGCUUCAUCUCACACACCACUCUCCACAAGUUCCUGUCAUGGGGUUCUGGCUAAGUUCCUUUCCCUAGAAAGGAAAUGGAGCUGCCAAGACCCCUGUGCUUGGGUUCCUUGGGAGGCAUCCUGUGCUGGGCCCAGUGGCAGGUUGAGAAGGUUCAUCUUUGUUCCAUCUGCAGAAUUAUUGCCUUCCUGGUGUGUGGGACAAAGAAAAUGCAGAAAAAAUUAGGAGGCUUUAUGCUUCAUUUUAGCUUCAGUUAAUAGCGAAUUUGUCUAUAAAUGAUAAACAGAGUUGGUAAAAGUGAAACUCCAUCCCUUAUGAAAUCUUAGUAAGCCACGACUAGAAAGAAUCAUCACCGUCUAGAUAAAGGUCCCUAUCACCAGUAAUAAUAGCACCUAAAGAACCAAACAGCAUAGGCACGCUCCUGAAGGUCAGGAAUUAGCCGGGGGCAUGCUGUUAUUUAGCAGGGUCCCCAGAUCACUAACCCCCGCAGUUGAGCAGAUGGGGACUAGGAAGAGUCCUGACGGCCAUUGUUCUUAAAUCACAAGCUACCUAGAAACCAGUGUCGCCUGAAGACGCAGCAAGGCAGUCUGUGAGUUGCCUGAGUGCUGUCCACCCUCCUGUAAAGACUGGUUCUUCCCAAAUCAGCCCAUAAAAUCAAUGUAAUUCCAGCAAGGUUGGAUAUUUUGUGGAAUUCUGCCAGUUCUGACAUUCAUUUUAAGAGUACAGGAGGAGGACAUGAGGUAGUUCUGAAUGGCAGUGGUGGUGUGCGCCUGGUGAGUCCAAGGUGGGCAGAAGGCACUUGUCUUUAAGUCCUGCCAGCAAGAAUUCAGUCAUCAUGCAGGCCAGACAGACCCAGCACACAGACGUGUGUCCAUGGUUUCAAGUGCAGGGAGGAAGAGAUGGGUUGUUUGAUAGACAGUUCUCUGAGACAGCUGGCUCGCUGUUAGUUGGAACUCUACCUCAGUUUCCCAAAAACUAGGUCUAGAGGGGGGGAAAAACAACAAAAUUUUUUGAGAAAUAUAUAUAUAUUGAGACAGGGUCUUCCUGUGUAGCUCUGGCUGUCCUGGGAUUCACUAUGUAUACCAAGCUGUCCUCAGAGUCACAGAGGUCCCCACCUGCUGCUGGGACUAAAGGCAUGUGCCAUCACACCUAGCAAGAAAAUAUAUUUUUAUACCUGAUGUAGGACAUUCUUUUCUAGACAUAAUAUGGAACCUUAACAUAUAAUAGGGGAAACGACUAAAAAAAUAGAUUUUGCCACCAAAAAAAAAAAAAAAAAUGAGAGCGUGUUGUAGGAAACAGGUUAACACCCACCUGUGCUGGUGGGCAAGGAGAAAAGCCUGCUCGGCUCCUCAGAGAGCAUCACUAGGGUCUGUCCAGCAGUCACCCAAAGACUCUAGUGACAGGACUGAGUUCUUGCAGGUCCUCCAGAGCACACGCAGCCAGGCUCAGGCCUGGGUUCCUAGUCAUAUCUCAGUGAAUAAAACGGUGAUGCGUGGGAAGGGCUUAGCGUAGAGCCUGGGCACGAGAGAGGUGUUGAUGGGAGUUUCUGUCCCAAAACGCAUUAGGAAAGACUAUGAAGCCGCUGCUAGAGCAGGUCAUGUUUGCUGGCAUGUGGUCUGUAGUCAAAUGACAGGGGAGACUCUGUGAACCCCUAGGAAAUUAGCAGAAUAAAGGAUACUCUUUGGAGGUCUA